CAAUCUACAGAAUCCAACCAAAAGAAAAAGGGAAACCAAUGAGAUGGAAAAGAUUUGAUUAGGGUUCAGCUCAUGAUAUAAAGUAACCAUGGUUUUGGGGUUUUGGCUAUGGCAGAGUGUGGCAGAAGAGACAGAAAGCUAACCAGGGUUAGAGAACGUGGGUUAGUCUUCUUCAGAGCCGGAGAGGUAGGUUUGGGGUUUGUCAAGCUCCAGAGCUUUACAGGAAGAAGAAGGAAGCUGCUGUGUGUAUAAAACCACCCAAAAAGAAAACCCUCUUUGUCAUUAACAAAACAUGCAAAAACGGAAACAAACCUCUCAACGAUUCUGUGAAUCGCGAUCAUCUCUUAGCUCUUCCUCUUGUUAAUCUCUCUUCUUCUCAUCCUUCGCCGGCGAGCCUCACAGAUUUUGAUCUUCUCUCAAGGAAGUUUCUAUUACCAGUAUAUACUUUUCUGCCUUCCUUAAUCUUCGUUUUCCUGUUGGGAGCUAGGAUCAUAGAAGAAAGGAAUCAGAUAUCAACAAAAGGAUCAAACUACAGAACCGUUUGAACUCAGAACUCAGAAGUGACUUCUUAUACAUUCUACUGAUCUUCUUUGAUUCAUCUGAGCUGAUCCCAGUUCUUCAUAUUUCAAACAAACUUAUGGGUCUGUCCAGCCUUCCUGCGCCUUCUGAAGGAGUACUGGGUGUGAUCCUUGUAAAUACGGCCCUAUCGAUAUCUAUCUUCAAAGGCAUAGUUCGGUCGAUUCUUCAUGUUGUUGGCAUCCAUCUCUCGUCGCCUACAUUACCAUCCUCGCCAGAUUCCAUGGAGAAUGCUCCUGAAUCCAUAGAAUUCCAUCUUAACCCGAAUGGAAAUUACAUCGAAGAGUUCCGCAGCCGAAUCCCAGCAAUUCUGUUUAACAAAGUUCACAGCUGCAAAUUGCUCGAACAUGACUGCUCUGUCUGCCUAACCCAGUUUGCACCUGAUUCAGAGAUAAACCAUUUAUCUUGUGGUCAUCUUUUCCAUAGAGUGUGCUUGGAGAAGUGGCUGGACUACUGGAACCUUACAUGUCCUCUGUGUCGAACUCCGUUCAUGCCCGAAGAAGACACAGCUUCCUGCUUCUGGUGAGCAUUAUGAAUAUUAUGGUUGAGGAAUUUCAUUCCAUGUACAGCAGCAUAGUGUAGAUAAUCUUAAAAGUGCAUCCGCAGGCCAUAGCAUUUGUACCUUCCAUAUGCAUGAGGAGUUGAAGCGUGAUGAGUGUUGAUGGGUCUCAGACGUCAGUUAUUUCAUUGUAAAUAUGAAGCUUUCUGCUUUUUUUCGUGUUUAUGAAGCCUUGAGACGGACUUUUUACAUUUCGAGUUAAUGCAGCUACUUCCCUUUCA